AUUGCCGCGUCACUGAUUGUACGCAUACGCGCCUCUUUGGGAAUCAUGCCGCCACCACGAAAACCCGCGACAGGAGCGGCCUCAAAGGAGGAAAAUAUAUACAUCCCGUCCUUCAUCAGCAAGCGGCCGUUCUAUGCAGGCGAGGAAGGAGAUGACAACGACUACCUGAAGCAUCAGCGUCGAGAGGAGAAGAACGAGAAAUCGCAAUGGUACGACCGCGGGAAGAAGGCUGGGCCGGCCGCGACGAAAUACCGAAAGGGCGCAUGCGAGAACUGUGGAUCAAUGACGCACAAGGCCAAAGACUGUCUGAGCCGACCGAGAGCAAAGGGUGCCAAGUGGACGGGCAAGGAUAUCCAGGCGGACGAAGUCGUUCAGGAGGUCAAGCUGGGAUGGGAUGCUAAACGAGACCGCUGGAACGGGUACGACGCUAGGGAGUAUCGAAGAGUGAUCGAGGACUACAAUCAGAUGGAGGAGCUGCGGAAACAGGCAAAGACCACUUCCAACGGCGACGAUGACGAGGAAGGGAAAGAUGACGGUGAUAAGUACGCGGAAGAAAACGACAUGAGCAAGCAUCAGAGUACGGCAACAAGGCAGCUCAGGAUACGAGAAGACACGGCCAAAUACCUCCUCAAUCUCGACCUUGAGUCUGCAAAAUAUGACCCCAAAACCAGAGCCCUGGUCAAUGCCGGCGCAACGGCGGACAAGGCGGCUGAUGUGUUUGCUGAAGAAGGGUUCAUGAGAUCCUCUGGCGACGCCGGCGAAUUCGAGAAGGCGCAGCGGUAUGCGUGGGAAGUACAAGAGAAGAGCGGCGAUACCUCGCAGCACCUGCAGGCUAACCCAACAGCCGGUGCCUUUUAUCGAAAGAAGCAAGCAGAAGAGGCCGAGAAAAGGCGCCUGGAACGGGAACGGCAGCUACUGGACAAAUACGGAGGCGAUGGACAGAAAGUGAUGCCUGCUGCGCUGCGAAAUCUGGCCAUGGCGGAGUCAGAAACGUUUGUCGAAUACGAUGAGGCCGGCCUGAUCAAAGGUGCACCGCUGAGAAGUGCAAAGUCCAAAUACACAGAGGAUACCCUGAUCAACAAUCAUACCUCGGUUUGGGGCAGCUGGUGGUCAAACUUCAAAUGGGGCUACGCAUGUUGUCACUCGUUCAUCAAGAACAGCUACUGUACCGGCGAGGAAGGCAAGGGGGCAUGGGAAGCUGCCGAGCGUCAACGAUACGCUGCCCCUGCAUUGGAACAGGAGACUGAACCAAUGACUGCGGACAACGAGGAGCCCGAGUCAGCAACGGACUCUCAGGCCACAAGGUCCAAGAAGCGUACGCAAGCGGAGAUGAAUGGUAUGGGUGUUUCGGAAGCUGAAAUGGACGAAUAUCGCCGAAAGAAAACCGUCGCUCAAGAUCCGAUGGCAAAGCUACUGGGCAGAGACGAACUCUUGGGUUGAGCCGUUGAGUGUACGCAUGCGCCUCUAUCAGGGCCAUUGAUACAUAGUUUCCGUCACAUAGGCAUUGGCGAACUUUAGGUAAAAUUACGUUUCGUGUUUUUUUGUGAUUUUUGAAAUCAUUUCAUUGAGUCCUUUGGCCAACGCCGAAAGCUAGAGGAGAAACCCUUUUUAUUCCCUGCCAGUGAUAUCCCUCAGUGGUGCACCAGCUCCGUAUGCAGGAGAGGCAUUAGCACAUAUAUACGGUGCGCAUUUACUCGUCAUCCUCCUCCUCCUCACCCUCCUC